AUGCAUAGUUCAAGGAUAAUACCCCACAGUAAGCGUUUAGGGUGGUCAAAGCUCAGGGUCAGCGACGAUACAACACAUAGGGAAGGAGAAGACGGGAUCUCUUUUGCGCAACAGAGUACUAAUCCACCAACCUGUCCUGAAGACAUGCCCCCCCAAGGUCGUAUCACCCGCACUCGACCGUCCACCACCUGCGGGCGGUGUAGGCAAAGAAAGGUCAGGUGUGACAGGCAGAAGCCUGCAUGUUCUCAAUGCGGGAAGGUUAACGUCCAGUGCUCCUACGAACCUGACCCUUCGUCGCAGGGUGCCUCCACCCGCAGGCGAGAACAAUCACUGAUAAGGAAGACUAUUGUGGCGUCCGAAGGCCAGGAGCACUGGUGGGAUUCUUCGCGCCCGGAUGAACAGUCUCUGAUGCCAUCAUUAUCACCUAUUUCCCUACUGCCACUGGAGAACCACACCACGGCAUGGCAACCGGGUCUUGAGCUGGACCUCCCUUACUUGUCCGCCACAAACGACCUUGACAAUUUCCAAGUCGAAGACAGUCUGUUAUUUUUUGACCCAGAGGCAGGCGUUCGUGCAGACUCUUUGCCAGUGGCAUAUGCUGAAGGUUCUAGCAUAUCUGCAGUCUUGAAGUCAUCAUGCGAGCCCGGCCCCACGCCCCCAGCAGUACAACCUAGUGUGCGCGAGAAGCACGGGGAAAUCGCGGCAGAUACAAGCAAAUGUGAUAAUACUCACCAGAGGCUGCCUCUACGUCAGCUGAGCGGUCCCUUUUGGGCACUGGCCGGCAAUAGGCAGUCCGAACAACGGAGGGUUCAGUCGACUUUCGACGAGACACGAUGGUCCAAGCUCUGUGGUCUCUUGGAAAAGCUCCCGCCUCGGUCGGCCUGCGACGAGCUGCUGCAGUCUUUCCUCUACGCAGUAAGGCCGAUAGUCUGCAUCGUCCAUGUCCCGACCUUAAUGAGGGACUAUGAGGCCUUCUGGGGAAGAGACCAUAGAAAUUGGCACGUGCCUCAACCGCAACAAGCCAUGGAGGAGGCAGCCUUCUUCUGUCUCCUGUGGGCAGUGUUGUUCUGUGGAGCUGCAGCGAAGACAUGCUUUCAAGAUUCGUCCGAGGCCAGCCUGUCUGGGUCUGUCUCGUCCGUGUCAGCAGCUUGGUUCAAGUCUAUGUUUAAGGAGACGUACUCUAUCUCCCGACAAUCAGAUUUACCAACGUUGGAAGGCCUCGCGGCCUCCUUGCUCGUUCAUGAGUGUGAUGUCGAGGUGGAUGAGCUUCUCGAUACGAGGGCGCUCGUAUCGCAGUCCUUCCUGGCAGCCAGAGCUCUAGGACUCCACCGGGAGGAGGUAAUCAUGUCAAGGGGCAAGGUAGAGGCUGAAAUUUGUCGACGUCUCUGGUAUCAUGUCUUGUAUCUGGAGGGGUUCGCUGCUGUCUCUGCUGGUAACUCCACGUCCAGCAACGGCGACUUUUACGACACGCGAAUUCCGCUUGAUAUCAGUGACGCUGAGAUAGAGACUGCAAGAACCGAAUUACAAGCCAAGACUGAAAACACUGCGUCAUCGUCGAUGUUGAACGUCAGUCGUUUCGAAGCAUUCAGUCUCUUCAGAGUGAUCAUGAAGAGGUGCUACGGCCCACAACCCCCGACCAAAAAGGACUUGCGAGAUAUUGCGGCCAGGAUCAGGUCCCUAUGCGACAUCUUGGACGUGCGAGCCACCAGGCUCAGAGUUCGUGGCUUGCCUGAGGAUGGGCAGAUCUCAAGCCAGCUGCUAGUACCCCGCGAUCCCCGGCAGGAUCUUGUGCACAACGACAGCCCCCUCGAGGAAACGAUUUUCAAUGCGUAUGCUCGCAUUUGCCUCAGUCUGAUUAAGGACUAUGUCGCGAUGCAGUUCUCCUUGUGCUUCGCCGGUACAAAACAUCCCCACGAUAACGAACUCACCGAGAUAUUCGAGAGCUUUGCUCUGAUCCAGCACUACAGCGGUAUAACGAGAUGCGAACCAGGACGACUACUGUGUCAGAUCGAUGAACGCCACAUUGAUCUGCCUGAGGAACGAAUGCAUACAGUGAUGACUGCUGAAAAGCUUCUCGCCUGCGCUGGUACCAGAAAUCGGUCGUACGAGAAGAGCACUGCCUUCUUCCAUGGACACCAAUCUCAGGGAAGAGAAACUGUGUGA